AUGGAAUUUAAUACGAAACAUAGAAAAUUAUCCAAAAACAAAAAUUCUGUUCGUACUCCCGCAGCCACCAAACAACGUUUAACAAAAAAAAAGACAGUAGCUCGAAAACGAAAAUGCGUGUGCCUUCCUGAAAAUUAUUCGGUAGUAGAAUUCCCAUCAAUAUGGAAUGAACUGCGUCAGAAUGGCCAACUGUGUGAUGGAAAAAUUGUAUGUAGGGAUAUGAAAUCAAUACGAGUGCACAGAGCAAUACUUUCGGCCGUUAGCCCAUAUUUCAAGGCAAUAUUUGUAAAUUCGUUGAAAAAAGGAGAACCGGAGGAAACUGAAAUAUUCGUGGAUGUCCCAAGCUGCUACAUGAGUCUCAUUCUUGAUUACGCUUAUACAGGUACCUGUACGGUAACGGCCGAAAAUGUAGAAUAUUUGUUACCCUAUGCCGACCAAUUCGACAUCGUCGGCGUUAUACAGCUGUGCUGUCAAUUCCUUCUGCAGGAGUUACGGCCGCAUAACUGUCUUGGAAUAUUCAAAUUUGCUAGAUAUUAUUUUUGUGGAGAGCUUGAAAAGAAGGGGAAGUUGUAUAUAAGGCAGAAUUUUAGCAGAAUACUUAAGGAAUGUAAUGAAUUUAAAUCAUUAUCUUAUGAUGAACUUGAAGAUAUUCUGAGGGAUGAUGAAUUGAAUGUUCGUAACGAAGAAAUAGUAUUCCAAGCAGUUAAAACUUGGGUUGAACAUGAUUUGGAAAAUAGAAGAAAAUAUAUUCCAUCACUACUGGCGUGCGUGAGAUAUGGUCAUAUAAGUUAUAAAUAUUUCAAGUCAAAAAUUUUACAAUGGCAGCCAGUGAUAGAUGACGAGAAAUGCCAAGAAGCACUAUAUCCAGCUGUGGUAUUCCUGACAGUUUUAGAUUCAAGGCCUGGUACAGAAGCCGAUCUAAAUGAUCCCUUAGCACGACCACGUAUUCCCUACGAAGUACUGUUUGCUGUUGGAGGCUGGAGUGCCGGAAGUCCAACAAGUUUCGUCGAAACAUAUGACACAAGAGCUGAUCGAUGGUUCCUGUCAAUCCACAUGGACCUUACUCCUCGCGCGUACCACGGCCUGUGCUCCCUGAACAACCUGAUCUACAUGAUUGGCGGCUUCGACGGAAGUGACCACUUCAAUACAGUGAGGUGCUAUGACCCUGUGGCCAACACUUGGCAUGAACGGGCGUGCAUGUAUCAAGCGCGGUGCUAUGUCAGCGUGGUUGCUCACGAUGGACUGAUCUACGCCUUGGGUGGUUACAACGGUCGCACUCGCAUGUCGUCGGUGGAGCGCUAUUACCCCGAUAAGAAUCAGUGGGAGAUGACCACUUCGAUGAACAAGCAGCGGUCUGACGCCUCCGCCGCUUCACUUGGAGGGAAGAUAUACAUCGUGGGCGGUUUCAAUGGGCAAGAAGUGCUGAGUUCAGCCGAAGUUUUCGACCCGGACACAAAGCAGUGGAGUUUCAUCCGUUCCAUGAUCAGCCCUCGGUCCGGGGUCAGCCUCAUAGCGUACCGGGACUGUCUGUACGCGCUGGGAGGGUUCAACGGAUACAGCCGGUUGAAUACUGGAGAGAAGUUCAAUCCCCAAAGAGGCGGCGACUGGCAAGAGGUCACGGAAAUGUUCAGCGCCCGAAGCAAUUUCGCCACUGUAUUGCUGGAUGACAUGAUCUUCGUAAUCGGUGGUUUUAACGGAUCCACAACAAUACCCCACGUGGAAUGCUACGAUGGCGACACCCUGGAAUGGUAUGACGCUGCUCCAAUGAACCUCAACCGUUCAGCUCUGAGCGCGUGCGUGUUGGUCGGCCUUCCCAACGCACGCUCCUUCUCGUAUCUAGCCAAAGCUGUCCCGGCCGCAGGCGCAGAUCAGGCCCAUUCCUGAACCGAAAAUCGCAAAAUACCCACAAACCUACAUUAAUAAAAUCUUAGAAAAUUCCAUUUUAAAUAUAUAACUGUUGCUAAGAUUUUUCGAAUGACUAUCAAGAAAAUUGCUGGCGGCUCUUUAUCUGUGAUAUUUUGAUUGUACAGUUAUCAUUUGAUUAUUCUAUUUUUAUGUAAUUAUCGUAAAUCAUGGUUAAUUAAUAGUUAUUUUAAUGUACAGCUCUUAAUCAUGUUUGUAUUUUAUUUUUAUUUAACGUGCUGUGAUUCGGAAGGGGAAUCGGAACCCCGCGAUAUUUUAUUAUUCAGACGCUAUUUUAGCGAUGGGAAUGCUCGAAAUUUUCAAGUCUUUUUUAUUGUGUAGUUUGUGAUAAAUUUUUAUUUGGUAUUUUUGUGUAUAGUUCGCGUCCGGCAAAUCAGGAUGGCCGCGUUUUGGAUGUUUGUACGAUAUUGCGGUGAGCGAAACAUUCGCUGUGCUGUAGUACCUGUGAUAUUUUCAAUAAAUUGUUAAAGAAAGUUCAAAAAAAUGUAAAAUUUAUUAUUUUUAUUUCGAAAAAUUUACUGUACCUGAUUGAAAUAUUGAGAAAUUGACAAAUAAAGAAAAACCUAUCUAAAUA